UGGAGCUACGAACCGGCGGCGGGUCUAGUGACCUGGAGCCAGAGCAAAGCACCUAGAUAAUGAUCAGAGCAGCGCAUAAACAUCCGGACAGCCCGCAGAGUCGCUGCUGUCGCCUCCCAGCGCCGCACUGGCCAGCGAGACAAAAGGCGAGAAAGUGGUAAGAGCGGAGCAGCGCGCACAGCAGCGAUGGCGACGGACGGCAGCGGCUCUGCGCUGGAGGAAGGCGAGCAGCUGCGCUCAGCAGACCCGGGGCCCGGCGGCAACAUCCCGAAGAGGCACGCCCGGGUCACGGUGAAGUACAACAGGAAGGAGCUGCAGAGGCGGCUGGACGUGGAGAAGUGGAUCGACCAGAGCCUGGACCGGCUGUACAGGGGUCAGGAGAGCGACAUGCCAGAGGAGGUGAACAUUGACGAGCUGAUCGACCUGCGUACUGAUGAGGAGCGAGUCCACAAGUUAAAGGAGCUCCUCCAUAACUGCAGUAACAACACGGAGACCUUCAUCAAAGAACUGGUGGUGAAGCUGGUGGGAAUUCCCAAGCAGGAUGAGCUGCAGAGCGAAGGCAUCGAACAUCCGGUCAUCUGCCACAGCCUCCACCGCCAUGAGCCCUACCACUUCAAUAACCCGCAGCACCCCCCACGUCACCACUUCCACCAUAGGCAAGGCCACAACCAGAGUCUCUGAUGAGCCCGUCCAAGAUCAACACGCAGACAAACCGACAUGGAAACAUGUUGGACCAGAGGGUUCAGAGAUUAUUAAAGAAUCAAAUAUACUGACACACUUCAAAUGUAUGGUUCUCCUGCUGAGAGUUAGUGGAGUGACUCAGCUCACAUAUUGCUCUUAUUUAAAGCUCCCUGAGCUAAAGGCAUAGAAACAGUAAUAGUCUGAGUUAGGAGGCAAACAGAAUCUAAUGUACUAAUAGUGUUCAAAGGUCACAAGCUGAUGUUUAACCAGGUGGUAGGCAGUUGGUGGGGUAUCUUGAGUGUUGUAGAAAUACUCCAGGAGGUUUCUUUUCUGGGUCACAACUUACUCCACCAUAUACACAACUUCAAUGACUAAACAGCAUUACUUCAACUGAGCUUCCUAGAGGAUUCAUAGCAGGUUCAUUAUCUUUGUUAAAAAGAUGCGUGAAGUUCAGCUUCUCUCUGUGGUUUUACAUAGACCAUGGCUUCUUCAAAAGAUCUGUCUCACCUAACACUGAUCACCCCACUGAAGCUGCAGUUCCUCUGGCCUGCCUGUUUUCGCCCGACCUACUCGGCUCCUCCCUGCACGGAUUAUCUCACUUUAGUGAUUCCACCGGCCUAUAAAGGCCUGGAGGAGGGACACGCCUGGGCAUCGCUUUAGCCCAGUUGACACUUUAAAGAAAUCUGCAAGAAAUGGUAAAUUAUCAAAAUACAUCAUCGUAAAUGAAACAUAAAUAAAAUAAAAAAUAUAAAUAAUCUUUCUAUACCUGUACAUGCAAGAUUGUCUCAGAAUUUUAAGAUGUAAUCCACCAGGAUAAAUAUCUGGAUCAUACAUCUAAUAAUAAAAUAAGGCAGAGGCUGUCUGAACUCUGCUUUGAAACUGUGUGUUGCUGCAGGUUCUCAGGCCAAACCUCCUUCUUCAGGCUGUUUUCAGUGACAGAGUUAAUAUCUGCACUUUUAAAUGAGAUAUUUUGUCUCAGCCAUUGUGGAGGCAAGGAGAACACGUUAAUACAAAAGAUUUUAACCACAGUGAAAUUAUUUUUAUUCUCGGGCUCACUACCCGAGCUGGUUCUGAACUUUAUAACUAAGCAAAAGGUUUCUGUGCUAUUAAGACAGGAGAGAAGAUUUAAACUUUAAUCGCACCUUUAGAAACUGCUUCAGUUUUGAUUUAAAAUGAUUCCAGUCAGGCUGCAUUUUAUUUCUUCAGGUUAUGAGUUCCACAUGUUGACUCAUUGCACAGAAAAGGAUGCUUGUCCAUGAAGAGAUUUUGAUAAGAUUAAUUUAUAGUUUUUAGUCUCUGUUUCAGGGUAAAUUCUUAUAAGUUCGGUUUUGAGAUCUCUAUUUUUUCCCCAGUGAAAGUCAGACAUGAUGAUGUUACCUGGAGAAGGUGGAGACAGGAGAGGCUGUACACACUCAGUCAUCGCUGUCCCUUCAGCUUUUUUAUUUGGUCUGAUUGGAGGGAAGGUUGUGCUUUAAAAUGUAUUAAUAUUUAAUCUGGAAACCUAACCUGUUGCUGGUUAGAUUAGGUUACCAUAUGUUAACAUGGUAAUAGAUUUAGACAUAAAGUGAAGCUGAAAAUCCCAAUCUAUAACAUAAUUGUGUUGCUUCACAGUAAAGCAAAAAACGUGUUCAUCCAAAUGCUGUUUUGUUUAAAAUACUUUGGCCAUUUUCCAUCUACUUCACUGGCUGAGGCCAUGAUGUGCAGCAACAGAGGGCGUUUCAGUAAUCAGAAUACAGGACAAACAUCAUGGAAACGUCUCAUAUUCAGAGCUAUGACAAAAUAUUUGCCCCCUUAUAGAUUUGUUCCAUUUUUGCUUUUCUGUCACUUAGAUUUUUUCACAAGAUCAAAGAAAUGUAACCUGAGUUAAUAGAAAAACAGCAGUUUAACCCUGACUUCAAUGGCAGGUGGGUGCUACAGCACUUUAAUUGUUGUUGUGAGUUGUGCUCUUGAAGUAAAUUUUCUUGCCCCCCCCCCCCCCCCCCCCCCCCCAGUCCUAUGAUUUGUCCAUUUGUGGUUAAUGGCUCUCUCUGUAGUUCACUGGAGUCUCAAAGCAUCAGUCACAUGGAGGCUUACCUUUUUACAUACAAAUUAGGAAGCUCUCUGCAAAUUCACUCUGGUUGUUUUGGUUUGAUAAAAUCUUAAGUUUGUUUGGUGAUCUGAAAUGUUCAAGUGUGUCACACAAACAAACAAACAAAAAAUCCACAAAAAAAACUAUUAGGGGCUAGAUCCUUUUACUUACAGCACUAUCUCUACACGAUGUGACACUAAGAAUGAACCAUUUGUAAUCACCUAAAUACUGUGGCUUUUUCAUAAUACAUCACUGCAGAAAACUGUAAAAAAAAAAGUAAUCCUAAUAAAAUAAUUUAUGUAACUUUC